GCCGACAGAGUCCCCGCCUCGCGCUCUGUCCUUGCGGACGCUGUGCGGACGCCGCAGAGCAGAGCAGGCGCGCGCUUGAGAGCGAACGGCCGUAUUCUGAGGAGAGCAGCGGCCGUGGGCACCUCAGCAUGUUGUGUCGGGCGGCUUGCAGCGCCGGCAGGAGGCUGGCCCCGGCGGCGAGGGGCGCGGGCUGCCGGCGUAAGCACAGCCUCCCGGACCUGCCUUACGACUAUGGCGCGCUGGAGCCGCACAUCAACGCGCAGAUCAUGCAGCUGCACCACAGCAAGCACCACGCGGCCUACGUGAACAACCUGAACGCCACCGAGGAGAAGUACCGCGAGGCCCUGGCCAAGGGAGAUGUUACGACUCAGGUUGCUCUUCAACCUGCCCUGAAGUUCAAUGGUGGGGGACAUAUCAAUCACUCCAUUUUCUGGACAAACCUGAGCCCUAAAGGUGGUGGAGAACCCAAAGGAGAGUUGCUGGAGGCUAUCAAACGUGACUUUGGAUCUUUUGAGAAGUUUAAGGAGAAGCUGACUGCUGUGUCUGCUGGAGUUCAAGGUUCAGGCUGGGGCUGGCUUGGCUUCAAUAAGGAGCAGGGUCGCUUACAGAUUGCUGCCUGCUCUAAUCAGGACCCACUGCAAGGAACCACAGGCCUUAUUCCUCUGUUGGGGAUCGACGUGUGGGAGCAUGCCUAUUACCUUCAGUAUAAAAAUGUCAGACCCGAUUAUCUGAAGGCUAUUUGGAAUGUAAUCAACUGGGAGAAUGUCACUGAAAGAUUCACAGCUUGCAAGAAGUAAAGCCUUAUCAUAUGGAGUAUGUUAGGCCUUCGAUGGAUAUUUUUGUAGUAGUAUAGAGUAGUGCAGUAACUAUGACUGCUUUCUUGUAACAUUUAUGGAUGUGUAUCCACAUAUUUGAUGGACAUAAUAUUAUGAUAAGUUCUUAUUUUUAAUUAAAUUUACUAUUAGGUGACUGUUUGAGAACAGUAUAUACUCUGUGUGAAUCACUCUUGAUUGACGUUUUCAUUAAACCCUUGUUGCUAGGAUGCCAUCUAUGACUGUCAUUGUAAGACCAUCAGAAAUAUUCCUUCUCUAUGUUUUGGGGGCCUGUAGGAGAGUCUGGAAUCCUGUUCUACUGCAGUUAGAAAAGAAAUUGAGUUUUUUUUUUUUUUCUGAAUGGUUUCCUUUUCUAUUAAAAAGUACUCAUUUUGGUAAGUAAUCCUCUGUAUAGUAGAUGUCACAUAGUGGUCUUUAUUUAUGGUCACAGUUUCCCAUUCAUUUGAAAUCUGUAACUUGAGGCUAAGGAUAUAGUUCAGUGGUAGAGUCUUGUCCGUGCAGUGCAAGGUCCUGGGCUCUAUCUCAGUACUGGAAACAAAUCAUCAGGCCCCAUAGCUUGGUUGUUGACUGAGAACUGUUAUUAUGAGAGGAGUGUGAUUGUACUUCUGGGAUUUUCUGUAGGCAGAGAUGCAAAAAUAUAUAAUAUUGUCUUUAAAAACCAACUGUGUAUUGUAUGAAAGUGCUCAAGAUGGACAAAUUAGGGUCUGCCUGAUGAUGGCAACCAUGGGGACUAGGCCACUGGGCAUUCUGGGAAGCCAUUCAGUCCCAUUAAUUGUAUAUCUCAGAACUAUAUUGUGGGCCAAGUGGUACCUUUCUCAGUAGAGGCAAAUGGGUUUUUGAGUGAGAUCAGUAGGGUAUCACCCUGAGAACAUUAGUUUUCAGAGACAUAUAUUUUCAUUUUUUCUGUAUGUUUCAAGAAUUUACAGUAACCAGAGGGGCUUUAUAUUGUUAUUCAAUAAAGAGAAGACCCUUCCAUGACAAGGUGACACUGCAUUUCUGAUUGUGUUCCUGUGCAGUGUUUGUACAUGGAGUUGUGCACUGUGGAAAUGGCACAGGGGUCCUUUGUGAAUUUGCCUUUUCACAUUGUUUGACCAUCUUCCUAAUUAUCUAGAGGCUGUGUGAUGUUUUAUCAGCUGGACAUGCCAUUUAGAGUUCUGUUCCUGAAUAGUUCAUUUGGGUUUAAUUGUUGUCUAUUAUCAAAAAGAUUGCGGUCAGCAACCCUAUGCAUGCAACUAUUAUUUCUUAUUGGAGUAUUUUUCUUAAGAUUUAUUUUAAACUAUGUAUGACUGUGUAUGUCUGUUCACAUGAGUGCAGGUGCCCAUGGAGGCUAGAAGAAAUUGUUGGAUUUCUUAGAGCUGAGUAGUUAGUGGCUCAAAGUCACCUGAUGUGGGUGCUGGGACUUGAACUAGGAUCCUUUGCAAGAGCAAUAAGCACUUAGCCACUGAGCCAUCUCUCCGGCCCCUGGAUUAUUAUUAGUUUUUUUUUUUUAUUGAGUUUUUUCUUAAGCCUAUUUAAUAAUUUGUUUCAACUUUACCUUUUAAUUCUUCCCUCAAGUAUAUUUUCCUGUUUUUUUUUUUUUUUGAUGGAAAAAUGGAGUAACUUAGCAAUUUCAAUAUUGAAGACUGAAGUUAAAAUACUUAAAUUCAAAGCACUUAAGAAUUUUCUGUAGAAGUUAGUCAGGUGUUUUGAAUGUCAAAGGCUGAUCCAUUCCUGAUGGCUCUUUAUGUUUAUACUUGUGCAUGGAAGAACUAGUAUGUAUUGUAUGGGACAGUGACAAGACUGAGCAAAUGAGGGUCACGUAGUUACCACUUACCUUCGUUUACACGGCAGUAAACUCUUAAACAGACCUUUUAGGAAAGUGGGACUUGCUUGGAUGGAGUGACUUGAAUACAAGUUUGUUAGGUCAUAGUUUAUCUUGAACUUACAGAUUUGGAGGGUCUACUGACUUUGUACAACUUUGACUCCUCCUAAGCACUCAGAUUUAAAAAAACUCAAUGUUGGAAUUUCUAUGAGGCUCUGUUUUUGCUGUGGCUUUCUGUUGGUGAGAAUGAGGAUCACACAGUGUCCGUUAAGUUUAAGUCUUCUCCCUGAUUGCAUAGAUUUUAAGAGGUUUACCAAGAGAAUUUAAAAACUAAAGACUUAAAUCAUCUACUGGAAAAUGAGGCUUAGAUGAUUUAGCUCUGUCUUUUUUUAAAAGUAGAGACAAGUAAUUGACAUUUCUUCUGAAAGAAAUAAUGGCACGCACUAUAAUUCCAGCACUUGGGAGGCAGAGUGAGUUCCAGAAUGGCCAGGGCUACCAAGAGAAACCCUGUCUUAAAAAACCAAAAAAAAAAAAAAAAAAAGAAUCAAAAUAAGAGAAACAUAUUGUUCAUCUGGGAAGGAGUGUGUGGGUGUCUAGAUCAGCAGUAUGUUCUCCAGUCAUGGGUGAACUUGACAGACAUUAGCAUGAUUAGCACUGGGGGGAAACAAGGAAGCAAAAUAAGUAUUUCCUUUGAGGUAGUAUCUGCUGCUUGAACUAUUGUGCAUUAAAUAACUUUGGAGUUCAGAAAUUGCCUUAUUGCAUCUGAAAUUCUUGGUCUAACAUGAGAUCUGAAUUUCUUUUGAGCACCUUUAUAAAAAAGUAUCUAAGCCAUAGAAUCAGGACUGAUUUAUGUUCUGUGUGAGUUAUAUCUAAAACUAAGUAUAAACACUGGCUUUUCUUUUCCUGUUGUAAUUUCAGUUAAACUAUUAGGAAAGCUGUUUGAUAAAUUUUUAAAUAGGUUCCAGCAAAGCACUAUCCUAUUGAUCCUGGCAAGCUAGCAUCCGACUUCUGAACAUCAUAUCUGGUACCUGCUGAAAAGCCUGGAAGGCCCUGGGUAGUUUCCACUUAAUUAUUGCUCAAAGAAGCAUUUAUUUUCCUAUGUAAGUGCAAAGUGUUUUUGAUUGUUAAUAAAAUCUUUAAACUAUA